AAGAAAAUUUUCCCUAGAAAAGUGAAAAAAGGUUCAGAAAGCUUGACACAUACUUUGUUUUUCUUUUUCUCUCCUGUAUUUUUUCAUAUAUAAUUUGGUGAUGAAAUGCAUUUACCAUCAAUACCAUACUUAACAGUCAGUCUCUUCACGCAGAAAACCUAUCGCUCCUCUCUCCAUGAGUUGCUUGCUGUGUGCAGCCUGAGAAGCUGUUUCCCUAGGCUCCCAAUUAGCCGCCUACCCAAGCUGUCUCUUCAAACUCGAUCCGAUAUCCAUGAUUCCCUUCAUAUGUCUCCCUCCUGCCUGCUACAUUUUAAUUUACAUUUCCAGCAGUAUCCUUUACAAGUCAUCUGCCCGUGGGUUAUACCAUGGAAAGGUUUGCCGGGCCGGUGAGGCCAUUGUGGGGUGCAGGUGCCAAAGCUUCCGUGACCUCCGACUGCUGCAACUUCUUGUCUCCGAUUUUCCUAGGCUGUGUGUGGGAUGCUCGCGCAGUCCACGGAUGAGAGGGAUUUCCCGUGGCACCGUGGUACCUGGUUGCAGUGGUGGGGCCAGGGCAGAGCUGAGUGCGGUGUUGGCUUCCCCACCGGGUUGCAGCAUCUUUCCGUGAUGGUUUAUUGGAUUGGAAAGCAUUAACUGCUGUGUCUGAGGCCUGAGAUAACUGGAGCGGUUUGCCAGGAAAUCAGUGAAGCGGGAAGGAUGCGUAAUGACCAGCUAUAACGUGUCUACGUACUUGGCCUUGUUGGAGGAGCUGAGUCUGGACUCAAAACUUGGAGGCAGUGGUUGUGUGGAAGGACAGAUCCCAAACAGAGAUGAUAAUUACCCGGGUAUAUAAACCCUGCUGCCAGAUGUACAUCUCCAAGCGUACCACUGUGAAAAACAGGGCUUUUUGGUUAAGCUUCUCCUGUCAGAGCACUUCAGCUUCCCUUGCAAACUCCUAACUAAUUAACAAGGACUUAAAGCGUGACUGCUUUUGGGGUUUUUGGAUACUUCUGAAGAUGUACACUGGGAGUUGCCAUGCCUUUUCUGAAGCACAGUUUUGUAAGCCCAGCAACUGCAUGCUGAAGAAUGGUGUGUCAUGGUCAGUGAAAUCACAAGAAUGGAUAACAGCCAGUGGUUGUAAAAGAAGCUCCUGGGGAAGAAGGACUGAUCCCUAACCUCAGAGGAAGCAUGCUUUCCUCCAGCCAAGAAAAAGAAGAGGAGGAAACCUUAUGCAAAGAAACUGCUUUAAUGCCACAGUGAAUCUAUGACAUCAGCUGCUGUUUGCCAGCAUAGUGGAUAGCAGAGCUCCAUUGACUUCAGCGAGGCAUGAAAUUGAGAAAGAAUUGCAGCUAAAUCUGCUUAAAACAGAAUUGCAACUAAGCCUGCAAAGCCAUAGGUGGAGCAAAACUCUCAAAAGUCAAAAGAAAUUCUACACAAGUAAAAAUAGAAGAAAAUGGAUCUGGAAAACCUUUUGAAACUUUACAGUGCUGAGUCUGUUGGGAAGCAUACCUGGGAGGUGCUAGCUGAGACAGUGGAAGCUUUUAAGGGGAAGAAGGCUACUCUGAUGCCUUAAUGAAGCCUACAAAAGACUGAUUCAUAUGGAAAUGAGGCAUUCUUGCCUAGGAAAAACACCAAAAAUACAAAACCUAGGAAAUCCGAGUUCUGAUGAUGAAUGUGGUUUAUUUGUGAAGCAAAACAUUUUGGUGUUUUACUGUUUCUUUGUCAAGGGGAUGUUUUCUUGUCCAAAGCUACUACUGUCUUAUUAAUUGGAACAUUAGAAAGACCCAAGACACCCUUAAGAACUGAGAAUCUGACUAAUUUAAACAGAUGGCUAAUCCCAGUGCUGUCUGCAACGGACAUCUACAUCAUCAUCAUCAGAAACAGAAUAACCUCUUAAAAAGUGGAAUCUAUAAGAAAAAUGGAAUUACUAAAGGAAUGAAGAAGAAUGGCAUAUCAAAUGGAACUCUCUACAAAAAAACAUUUAUUGAGCACUUUGAACAGGCACCAAUGUAUGUUGCUGUUCUUACUUUCCUGGGUUUUGGAGUGGGAACAGUAUUUGGCUACCUGCGAGAUUUUAUGAGAGCCUGGGGACUAGAAAAACGUAACGUUGCUGCAGAGAGAGAACAACAAAAAGAUUUUGUGCCACUUUAUCAAGAUUUUGAGAACUUUUACACCAGAAACCUCUAUAUGAGAAUACGGGAUAACUGGAAUCGUCCAAUUUGCAGUGUCCCAGGGCCACAGUUUGACCUCAUGGAACGCGUUACAGAUGAUUACAACUGGACAUUUAGGUUUACAGGAAAGACUAUCAAGAAUGUAAUCAAUAUGGGUUCUUAUAACUACCUCGGCUUUGCAGAAACGGACGUUAAUGCUUUGAAAACUGUGACCAUAGAGUUACAAAAGUAUGGAACAGGGAUUUGCAGUACCAGACAGGAAAUGGGCACCCUAGACAAACAUGUAGAACUAGAGAAACUUGUGGCCAAGUUCCUUGGUGUGGAAGAUGCUAUGGUGUUUGGCAUGGGCUUUGCAACUAACUCGAUGAAUAUUCCAGCCCUUGUUGGGAAGGGCUGCCUCAUUUUAAGUGAUGAGUUGAACCACACUUCUCUCGUUCUUGGUGCAAGGCUUUCAGGUGCUACUAUUAGAAUCUUCAAGCAUAAUAAUAUGCAGAGCCUUGAGAAGUUGCUGAGGGAUGCAAUAAUAUAUGGGCAGCCUCGAAGCCGCAGAGCAUGGAGAAAAAUUAUCAUCCUCGUGGAGGGCAUUUACAGCAUGGAAGGGUCCAUCGUGCGCCUGCCAGAGAUAGUCCUCUUGAAGAAGAAAUACAAAGCCUACCUCUACUUGGACGAAGCUCACAGCAUCGGUGCGGUGGGCGCAACGGGCCGAGGGGUUGUGGAAUAUUUCGGUAUGAGUCCUGAUGAUGUAGACGUGCUAAUGGGAACAUUCACAAAGAGCUUUGGCGCAGCUGGAGGAUACAUAGCUGGCAAAAAGGACCUCGUGGACUUUUUACGAACUCAUUCUCACAGUGCUGUGUACGCCACAUCUAUGUGUCCACCCGUAGCAGAGCAAAUCAUCAGGGCAAUGAAAUGUCUCAUGGGACUAGACGGGACAACACAAGGGCUCCAAAGAGUGCGCCAGCUGGGGAAAAACACAAGAUACUUCAGACGAAGACUGCAUGAAAUGGGUUUCAUCAUUUAUGGCAAUGAUGAUUCUCCUGUUGUCCCCUUACUCCUUUUUAUGCCUGGUAAGAUAGGGGCUUUUGCAAGACGCAUGUUAAAAAAAAAUAUCGGGGUCGUCGUGGUUGGGUUUCCAGCUACUCCUAUCACAGAAUCCAGAGCUCGGUUUUGUGUGUCAGCUGCACAUACACGGGAGAUGUUAGACACGGUUUUGAAUGCUCUGGAUGAAUUGGGUGAUUUUCUACAUCUGAAAUAUUCCCGGUAUUCCAAGUCAUCUCAUCCUGAACUGUAUGAAGAAACUAGACUUGAACUUGAAGACUAAGUUUUCCACCCAUGAAGAGAACAUUAUGAUGCUAUGAAAGGGGGGAAAACCCGAAAACUAAAAAAAAUACGAAUGCAUUUCUUCCCUUCUAAGGACAAUUUUUGUUUCUCAGUUAAUUGAAAGGAGGGGAAGCUCGGGUGUUGCAUUUUAUUGUAUCAAAUUUCUGUAUUCAAGAGACUGAAAUAUUGAUACAGAUUUGCCUCCCCAGGAGAUCUGUCUUUCUUACGGUAUUUUUGAUGCAGAAUGAAUGCAUCCAUUGAUCAAGUUGCUAACGUACAGCUUUUGUUAUGGCCCCUUUUUAUGAAGAGGCUUCAGAUAGUCUUAAUUGUGACUGAAAUAAUAAAGUUUAAAAACUAAAUGGAUUCCAGUGUAGUAUGAUAAUAUAGCUGAGCUUCAUCAGUGAGAUUGACUUUUAUCUGUGAAAGAGCGUAAAUCAAGACAUCGAUGUGGACCGCUACAGAGGAAUGACCAGAAGGUAACCUCUUUAAGUUGCCCUAUCGUGCAUUUCUCUGAGGACAGAAAAUGUUAGAAAAAG